CAUGCAAGAAGAGAUAAAAAUGAGUGAAGAAAGACACAGGUCUGAGAUGAAAAAUUUACAACAAAAGCUUCAGGACACAGAGGAGAGAUUGAAAGCUGCCAAUGCCAGGAUACAGGGGCAGUUGGAAAGUAAAAAGAGUGAAGAUCUUGAAGCCAACAAGAAGAUUCAGCAGUUACAGAAAGAGAAGGAUGAGAUGCUGGAUCUUGCCAUGCAGAGAGGGAAGCUUGUGCAGAAAGAACAGUCUGAAAACAAAAAGUUGCAGAAGAAAAUUGAAGAACUCGAGAAAGCAGUGCAGGAUAUGGAGGCAAAGUUUGAGCGCGAAGCAGCCAUGGUGAAUGCCAAUCUCCGAGUGAGAAAAAUGCAAGAGGAAAUGGAGGAUGCCGUGGAGAGAAGAGAUGAACUGGAAAAGGAGUUUGAAGCCUACAAGAAACACUCCAGCUCACUUCUGCAGAAAGAGAGAGAACUCAAUGCAAAGCUGAGACAUUUAAUGGGAUGACAAAACUAAGAAACUUCUGGUCAUUACAUGCACUAAUCAGCUCACAAGAAUUUUUUCAAGUGAUGAUGGUAUUUGUUAGAAAGAGGGAGAAAUCGGGCAAAAGCUGAGAUAUUUGAUGGAAUGAAAAAGGAAAUCUUUGUUCUUUGCUGUUGGUAGUUUUGUUAAUGACUUGAAAUGGCUGUUUGAAUUGAAUGAGAAUUCUAUAGCCAGCCGUCUAUUCCAGAAAGGCUUAUUUCCUUUUCUAGAAGGGAAAUGGUCUUUUAUGUACAGUGCCUAAUGUUAAUGAUUGUAAAUACUGAUUGUCAAUCUUAAAGUAGACAGGACAUACUAAGAAACAAACACAUUUCACAUCAACAUCUUCCAUGAAUGGUUGUUGGUGUCACCUGUCCAUACAAUUUAAUGUGAUAUUUUAUUUCUUAAGAUAUAUUUCACAUUGCAAAAAACAAUUUCCUAUUGGACCUGUGAAGUAUGCAUAAUUUGUUCAUCAAAUAUUUUUUCAAAUAUGAUUUAAUAAGUAUUAUUAUUAUUAUUUUACCGUUUUUCUAUAAAUAGAUACAGUGCUAUAUAUAGUACUCAUUUGCACUGCUGCCUUAUUAUAUUGAAAAGAAUCCGUCCAAUCUUAUCAAUUUCAUGAACAUGUAAAACAGGACUUCCUGCUAGAUAUUUUCUACAGUCACUGUAGAUGAUGUGUUGUGUACUUUGUGCCUUAAAAGUU